GCCAGUCGUAGCUCGGAAAGAAAAAGGGAAUUCCCGCCACGAAUCGGCAAGAGUAAGCUUUGUGUGAGUUUUUCUACGUCUGAGGCGGCGAAUUGCAGUCUGUUUUACUUGUGAUACUUUGGUUUUCACCCGAUGUAGCUGGCUUUUGUUAUUAGAAAGCAUAGCUGCUUUAUUGGUUUGAUAGUUACGUGCUUAUUGACUACUCAAGAUGGGUUUAUCUGAAGAUGCCGACCAAGAAAACACAGAAGAGAGGUUUCGUGGCCUCUGUGCCGAUCUCAAUAUCGACAAAAACACAGCGGAUGAAGCCUGGCGAAACUAUGAAACCAUUUCAACUAAUUACACUCUAGAGGGGGACCGAAUCCAUUGGCUAUGUUGUGCCUUGUAUGUUGCCUGCAGAAACAGCACUGUUCCAACAGUGGGACAAGUUGGAACGGUUGAGGGCAACUGUGUCAGUCUAACCCAGCUUAGGCGAAAAUGCAAUAUCAGCAUGUUGGAUUUCUUUGAUAAAUCUAGGAAAUGGUCAGACAUGGCUAACCUUUCUGAAGAAUUGCGUCGAAAAUUCGUAAGCUUGGAACGCAACUUUGAAGUCUGCUCAGUGAUUUUCAAGAAAUACGAUGAGAUGUUUAAAGAAAUUUUCCAAGAUCCGGCUAACGAUCCUCCAAGGCAGCCACGCUCGAGAAAGUCGCGCAAGCUCCCUUGCACUGCCAAAGAUGUUUACGACUUUUGCUGGGCUUUUUUCGUUCGUGUCAAGACAAAUUUCUCACAAAUCCAUGAAGAGCUAGUCAGCUGUUUCCAUUUGCUGCUAGCGUGUCUUGACUACAUUUAUGGCAAUUGCCUUAUUGCCAAUCGCCGAGACCUCUUCAACCCUCAAUUUCCUGGUCUACCCAGCGAUUUCAACAGUCGCGAUUAUAAAGCGCCUACCGAACCCGGUUGUAUCGUUGAGUGCCUGUAUUCACGAAACAGCGGUCAAGACGAAAAAACCGUCGUCGACGUAAAGCGUAUCAAGACACACGUACUUAAACCUUACGUCAAAAGCCUCAUUGAUAAAGAGACGCUCAAGGGGGACAAAAGGACUCUGUGUGGCAUUCUCGACACUGCAGUUUUCGAUUUGAACAAGAAAGUAGUCAAUAAUGACUACGAAGAUUAUGUGCAUCGCGUCGGCGAUUUUGAUGAACGCAUUUUCUCCAGUCCUGAUGCAUUAACAGAGAUCGGAACCCCGGUGAAGGCCACUUUUAAUAGUAUCGCUUCUUUUGAGGAACAGAAGCUUAUGGUAUACCCAGCUCGUCGCAAUUUGCAAUCGCAGUUUGACGGGUCUCAUCACUUGGCACUGGCCACGCCUUUAACCGGCCGAAAUUUUCUCAAAGCCAAAGAACCUGGAUCAGUAACGCCCGUGUCAACGGCCACUCAGAGUGUCAGUAAGCUGCAGGCUUUAGUCUCGGGUCGCCAAACGGGCCCUAGCGAAGAGCUUAGGCGCAUAUUCAGUGAGUGCUCUAAUAACCCAGGAGAAAGCAUCCAGGCCCGCGUUAAAGAAAUGGGCGAGAAAUUCUGCAACCACUAUGUUAACCAAGCCGAUGAAGGUCGUACGAAUGGUUUCAGCAUGGAUAUGGCUCGCAAACGUCUGCAAUUAGGAGAAAGCCUUUACUAUAAAGUUUUGGAAAACAUUAUUAAUGACGAACGAAGGCGUCUCAAGCCAGGCACUGAUCUAUCAGGAAUUCUUCAGCAGGACAUGCUUCAUCAGCUGUUAAUCACGUGCUGUCUAGAGAUUGUUCUCUUCUCCUACAACUCACAGCGCACAUUCCCGUGGAUACUGGAAGUCUUCCCUAUUCAACCUUUCUACUUUUAUAAGGUUAUUGAAGUGCUGAUUCGGGCUGAAGAUUUAUCCCGUGACGUAGUAAAACACCUAAAUCAUAUGGAGGAACAAAUUCUCGAGUCUAUGGCAUGGCGUUCCCAAAGUCCGCUGUGGGAAUACUUGAAGAGCUGCGAUCAACCAAUUCCCUCUUGCGAAGAGGUAUCGCUGCCAAGCCAACUUCAACCAGCCACGCCCUCGGCUGCUCAGACGCCGUCCCAGUCAUCAGAUCCAGUCAAAAACACUCCGCAGCAACCAAUUCCUUAUUCGCCGUCGACUUAUGUCACCAACAAGAGAGCAGAAUCUAGUCUCGCUGCCUCUCUUCUGCAAUCACCCGUUUCAUCAGUGGCCUCAGUAAAUGAACGUACUCCAGCCCAAUCUUCGAGACGAAAGUUGUUUUCUGGUUCUGAAACAAUUCAAUCAAGUCCUUCUACCACAGUGGCUGCUGCUGGUUCCGUUGGCAAUGCAAUAAAGGCUCUCUCUGAAUCGGAAGCCAACGAACGUAAACCUGAACUUGUCCCCAGUCCCGGUGUGGUAGCAGCUGCCGACAAUAAACCUAAGAGAACGGGAUCGUUGAGUCUAUUUUUUAGAAAGUUUUAUCAUUUGGCAUCCGUUCGGCUACAAGACUUGUGCAAUCGUCUGGAGUUGUAUGAAGAAGAUUUACGCAAGAAAAUAUGGACGUGUUUCGAGUACUCGGUGAUGAAGCACAGUGACUUGAUGCAAGAUCGCCACCUCGAUCAAAUUUUGAUGUGUGCUGUCUAUGUGAUAUGCAAGGUUACUACUAGAGACAAGAACUUUACAGACAUCAUGCGUUGCUAUCGAACACAACCUCACGCUUCCAGUCACGUAUAUCGCAGUGUUUUGCUCUGCACCAGAGCCCGGCGUGGAUCAGCGUCGUCCACUUCAGGAUCAGCGUCAUCCGUAACAGGAGGCAACAAUCCGUCAGCAACGCCUAGUCCUUCUCCAAGUGAAGAGGAGGACGAAGCAACAGCUUCUUCCGCUGUCAAAGGUAACACUGAGGAAAAGAAAACCGAAACGAAUGGAGAGAAGGCCCUUCCACCAGUUCGCUCUUCGUCGACGUUGCCGUUCCCACAGCCAUCGUCUUGUCCUCCCACUCCGACAGGAUUAGCUGGCACUUCAUCCAGCUUCGAGUAUGAGGAUCGAGGAGAUCUAAUUCUGUUUUACAACACAGUCUAUGUUCGCCGACUUCAGGCGUUCGCUCUCAAAUUCUCAAAUCGGAAUCGCCUGGAAUCAUUACCACUGUCGCCUCUGCCUUUACAGCGUCCCGUUACUCUUUCUCCACGCCGUAAAGUGUCUGCCAAGCACACGAUCUUCAUCAGUCCUCUGAAAGCCAACGUUAUCCCGCAUUCGCCAUUGCCGAUGCGCUAUAGCUUCAACCGUAGCCCGUCCAAAGAUCUUCAGGCUAUCAACGCCUUUUUACGUGAGGAGCGUCCGACGAAACGCUUGCUCUCCUACGAGAUUGGUUCACGCGACCAUGUAACUGACGCGGCCAUGGCUCCUCCACCGCCUAAGUUCGCCAUGACAGUUGAAAAUGCCGGUGCGGCGCGCAAGAUCUCUUUUCAUUAAAACAAAAAAAAUAACAUUCUGUGACACUUUGCUGCAACCAAUUUCGCUUGAUUUUCUGACCCUUCUCGCUCGACAAGACCGACCUGGAUUCUUCGCGCGUCGUUCCUCCUUCCCUUCGUUUCUCGCUUUACUUCGGCCCCCGUCAUGCAUCUGAACCAUUGAAAACACUAAUUUUGUUUCUCUGCUUCAUCGUCCCACAACAAAGCAAGAGGUACCUCCCUCCACAUUUUUUGUUCAUCAAGCAUUCAUCUUCUUUUAAUGGUCCAUUUUUUUUUGUUUGUUUGUUAAUUUCAACUUAAUUGGUAAAACUACUAUAGUUUUUUCCUCUUUUUUUUUCUUUUUUCAUUUAAUUGAUUGUGGAAUUGGAUUUCGUGUUGGCUUUGGGUCGAUGUUGAAUGUUUAUGAAAGAGUUUGUGAUGUGUUGCUUGUCUAAAAGGAAAUCGGUGAUGAAAGUACGACGGAACGGUAAAAUAGCUGCACCACCAUCUUUGGAAUUGCAAACGUUAUUAUUAUUUUUUUUUUCUAUUUUCACAAUCAAUAUUUCAGUUUUGAGAUUUUUCUAAGACUUUUGAGCAAAAGAAUGUGUAGUACUUUGUUUGGAGCAUAAUUACAAACAUAUGGCUUUCAAUAUUUUGCAA